AUGUUGGCAGCCUUUUCUAUUUCAUCGUCUUCUCCGAUCGCCAUCCACCACAACAUUAACAAUAAUAAUAUAAACCCUUCUUUUCUUGAUGAUGAUCCCAACAAGAACAAGACCAAGAACCAAUACCACACCACCCCCCGCCAUUGCAACACCUCCUCUCCACAAACCCAGCUAGAUCACUCAUCAUCCAUGGAUAACAACAACAACAACAACAAUAACAAUCAUUCAUCAUCCCUUGUCACUGAUUAUUACAAGUUUUGUAACCAUGAUCACACUCAUCUCCUUCUCCCUCUAAACCCCAACUCCACCAACAGGAAAUCCAAGGGGAAGGAGGUAAUGGAAAUGAGUGAAGUGGGAGGAUUAUUGAAGAUGAAGAAGAACAAGCAAAAAGGGAAAAUGGAGGAAAAGAAAUUAGCUGUUAGAGAAGGGUUCAUUCAUGUUAGGGCAAAGAGGGGAGAGGCCACUGAUAGCCAUAGCCUUGCUGAAAGAGUUAGGAGGGAGAGAAUAAGUGAUAGAAUGAGGUUAUUACAAGGCCUUGUCCCUGGUUGUCACAAGGUGAAUGGAAAGGCCCUAAUGUUGGAUGAAAUCAUCAACUAUGUUAGGUCACUACAAAAUCAAGUGGAGUUUCUGUCAAUGAAGCUUGCUUCUGUGAAUCCCAUCCACUCUCACACCUUUGGAUUAAUGGAAUCUCACACUUCCCAAUCUCAUCAGAAUAAUUUUACAAAUGGUUUGGCAUCAUCUUCACGUCUAUUAGAUCAAAGCAUCACAAGCAGUCCUAACUAUGCCUAUCCUCAAUUUCUUGACAACUAUGUUGAUUCCCUUCUGUUCCAACACUCCCAAACAUUCCCAAAUGAUCUCUCCCAGAUGUUGUGGGAAGGAGAUGAUGAUCAGAUCCAAAGACAAGAAUUGAUCAAUCACUCAGACAUCAUGUUUUCUUUCCAUUAAUAUAUACAUAUAUUUAUAUUAAACCUGCAAGUAAGCAGUGAUUAGACCCAACCCACUGGUCCUUUUGUCAUUAAAUUAAAUUUAUUAUCAUUUGCGAUCUUGUAACUAAAUUUAAAAAACGAA